AUGAGCCCAAAGAAACGAUCCGCCACCGAUGCCGGCGCCUCCGCGGCGAAAAGGCCCAAGGCGAAGGCCACGUCGACGCCCCUCUCUGCUGACCCCGCCGAGUCGCCGCACGACGAGCAGACGACGGCGGUGCCCGAGCUGUCAGGCGUGAACGCAGAUUACUUCACUCAUGUGCAGAAGCGGCUGGCCACCAUCAAGCAGCACGUCGUGUUGCAGACGGCGUUCGCAGACAGCGUGGAGCCGGUCGCUGUUAGCGAUGGCGCGGUGGUCCCCCCGAUCGACAUCGGCGUUGUCGCGAAGAAGCUCGAGUCGAUGGACGCCAACAUCGAGGGGGCGACGGUCGUCGGCACUGGUUCCGUCCCUCUCGCAUGGAUCGACACGCUGAUGAACCCCACGCCAGGUGUCCAGAUCAACAUGAGCGACGUGGACCUGUUCAUCAAGCGCGACUUCAAGAAAACGUCGGCGCUGCCUUCUAAGCUGCGCACGAUUGCCAUUGCACUGACGGAACACUCUACCGAGCCGUUCGUGGCAAAGAAGUUGCAGAGUUUGAGCGCUUUCGAGAAAUUACACGCCCCCAUCAAGGCCUGCGCCGAUGAAGACGCGAAGGAUGAGGCGCACAUCGUGUCGUGGACGACGCUGCAACGGAUCCAAAUUGUGAUACGAGAGAAGUACAUGCUGAAACUAGCAACGGGUAAGGAUCCCACAGAGAAGCAGUUGGAGACGCACUUCGAGAAGAAAGUUCACCUGGCUGCCAAGAGCGAGAAGCUGUCCUCUUCGUUUAUCGACAUUGCGAAUACUGUCCAAGAAAGAGCCCUUCGCCACAAGGGCAUCGCGGAGACCAUCAACACUCUGGACCGCCACUACAAGCACGCUGGACCGACAUUUGGGAUUGGGAAGUUCCAGAUCGUGAUCAACAGGUGCAAGACUGCCCUCAACAUCGAGUGGUGCUACAACUACUUGUUGGACGCACUAUCGAUGGAGUUCAUUGAGCUUUCCGAUUGCAGCAUCUCCAAAAUGAACACGUGGAUCUGCGACCUCGCCCUGAUUAUGUUGAGCAGCAGGGAUUACUUCCUCAAUCAGUGGGCCCACAGCAACGCGUUCACGGCUGAAGAGAUCGGUUGGUGCAGGAACGCGUUCGCCAGCCACGAGUCGGCGCGGGCGACCUUGACGAACUACCCAGGUGCAUCGUCGGUCGACAUUUCUAGCCUCUACGUGAGCGGCGCAGGCACGAAGCGGCGCAAUGCCUUUCGGUUGGCCGUCGCUUUCUGGGAGAAGAUUGUGUUCGGGAACGACUUCGACACCGCCUUGAAAACGGCGGCGAAGAACGCCGAGGGGCCUGAGGAAUAUCUUGCUGAAUACACGGCGUUCGAGGAAGACCUGACGGAGCUAAAGGAGGAGUUGAAGAAGGAGCAGCAGCAGGCGAUCGCCAUGGACCCCGAUGGAGCGGCAGCAACGCCGAUGCACGGCGAGGCGGCCGCCAGCCGCACCGGCGACCACCAGGUGGAGGAGAGUGGCCCGACAACGCAGGUCUACGCCAUCAACGAGUUCAUCACCGAGAAGAUCCCGACGGAUGUCACCGACCCGAGGGCUGAUGAAUGCAAGAAGUACUUGGGCAUGGCCGAGCGCAUCGCGCGGUCGCUCACCAGGGUCGUCACCAUGCCGGCGAACAUGGCCACCAUGAUCGAGGAUAUCAAGUCAAGCGCGAUGGCCAUGGCUAAAGGAGAUACGCUGGCCCUCCCGGGUGCUCCGCUACCCUCUCGCUGCUGCGGUGUUUGA